AUGGUUGUGGUACCUAGAGAUGAUUAUGAUUGUAUGUCAUAUCACGAGGUUUAUCAAGUUAGUUCUACUCUUGACGACUCAAGACAUUCUACGUUAACAAAGAAUAGAACUGAAAGAGAUAGAGUUGUUGGAAAGCUGAAGCAACUCAAGAAUGGUAACGAAUAUCAAAAAACUAAACCUAACUUUUUAGAAGUUUAUAUGACUAAUGUAGAUCAAGGUACUAAUGGCCAUAAAGGAAGUACCAAAGUUAAAAAAGGUAAGAAGGUUGAUAUUAAACCUGACUGUAGUAAACUAACAGAGUAUUUAUAUUAUAAUAUUUAUCGUGUUAUAAUAGGUAAGAAGGCUGAUAUUAAACCUGACUGUGGUAAGAAGGUUGAUAUUAAACCUGACUGUGGUAAACUAACAGAUGGUAUAACAGAAGAUCUAGAUGAUGAUACUGUUAGUAAAAUGUAUGAUGAUUUACUACUACAACUUGGUUUUGGUGAUGGACAAUCUCCACUGAAAACUACAGAUUCAUCUAAAGAAAUUGCUGAUUACAAAAAUCCAUUUAAAUUUGGUUAUUUAUUAAAAGUCAAACCAUCAAGAUCUAAGCGAUGCAAGGCUGGAUUCAGAAGAGCGUUAAAAGCCAUUAGAAAUGUUUUAACCAGACCAUUUUUAGUUUGCCGUAACAGCAAGAUCCAGCCAAAUAGUGAAAAAUAA